AUGAAGUUUGGGAAAGAAUUUGAGGCACAAAUGGUGCCAGAAUGGAAGGAAGCAUACACGGAUUAUAAUUACCUGAAGACCCUUUUGAAAGAUCUCCAACGCCACAAGCAGAGAAGCAACCCACCUGCAACUCCAGCAGGCCUAAAGAGAAAUCUUACACUCUACAGGGCUUUCAGUGGUCUCAUUCAGAGACAAACCCACCAUUCGAGAGAUCCCUAUGAACAAGAUAUUGAGAGCCAACCCAUAAUGGUGAACUCCGUGGAACGAGAUGGAUCCGCGUGCUAUCAAACUACUUUUCUGAUGGUUGCAGAAGAAGGUGGAGAAUUUGAGAUGGUAUACUUCAAGAGGCUGGAUGAUGAGUUUAACAAAGUGGACAAGUUUUAUAGGUCUAAAGUGGAAGAAGUGAUGAAGGAAGCUGCUAUGCUGAAUAAGCAAAUGGAUGCUUUGAUUGCUUUCCGGAUAAAAGUUGAGAAACCCUUUCAAUGGCUCAAUAGCACUUUGGAGAUGACUCAUCUUGCUUCAGAUGUUUCUAAUUCAGCAGCUGUAUUAUCAUCUUCCACACCCAGAGCGGCCAAAUUGCACGGUAAGCAAACAGGAAGUGUUGGCAUGGCCAAGGAGACAAUCAAUGAGGACAACAUUCAUAAUGGACAAUCAGAUGACUUUAGUGGGAGAAAAGAUGAUGAAAUUCAACUUAAUGGCCAAACGUUUCAAACAGAUAAGGAUAAAGAUAACAGGGGUACCAAACUAGCUCCUUUGGAAGUCCUUAAUCAUGUUCGAUUGAACAACACUCUUGAGACUCCUUGCUCAACCAUAGAAAGCUUCCUAAAUUACUCUAAACAAACCGAGCUGCAAUUCAACAGAAAGAAUUUGAAGAAAAUUGAAGAACAACUCAAGCGAGCUUUCAUUGAAUUCCACCGAAAGCUUCGACUUCUAAAGAACUACAGCUUUCUGAACACACUUGCAUUUUCAAAGAUCAUGAAGAAAUAUGAUAAGAUUACAUCAAGAAGCGCAGCAAAAGCUUAUGUGAGAAUGGUUGAUGACUCCUACCUCGGUAGCUCUGAUGAGGUCAUCGGGCUUAUUGAGAAGGUGGAGAAAACGUUCAUUAAACACUUCUCAAAUUCCAAUCGCAAUAAUGGAUUGAACCUGCUCAGACCAACACAAACGAGGGCAAGACAUAGAAUAACAUUUUCCACGGGUUUUUUGGCUGGCUGCACAGCACCACUAGUUUUAGCACUUACUCUGAUCAUCCGAGCCCGCAAAAUUGUGAAUCACCCGGGGAGUACUCAGUACAUGGAAACCAUGUUUCCUCUUUAUAGUUUGUUUGGAUUCAUAGUUCUACACAUGUUUAUGUAUGCUGCUAAUAUAUACUUCUGGAGGCGAUACAGAGUAAAUCAGUCAUUCAUUUUUGGUUUCAAGCAAGGAUCUAUGUUGAGCUUCCUUGAUGUUCUCCUCCUAGCUUUUGCCCUUGCAGCAUUGGCGCUAGGCGGUGUACUUGCGAACCUUGACAUGGAGAUGGAUCCGAAGACAAAAGAUUACGAAGUCUUCACUGAACUUAUUCCACUGCUGUUAGUUAUUAUUGUAAUUGCGAUUUUAUCAUUCCCAUUCAACAUCAUGUAUCGUUCAAGCCGGCUUUUCCUUCUCACAUGCCUGUUCCAUUGCAUCUGCGCUCCUCUCUACAAGGUCACGCUCCCGGAUUUCUUUUUGGCAGAUCAAUUUACCAGCCAGGUGCAAGCUUUGAGAAGUUUUGAGUUCUACAUUUGCUACUACGGUUGGGAAGAUUUCAAUCGCAGACAAAACACUUGCGACUCAAACAACAUAUUCCGAACAUUUUCCUUCAUUGUUGCUGUGAUUCCAUACUGGUGUCGUUGUCUUCAGUGCCUGAGGCGAUUGUUUGAAGAGAAAGAUGCCAUGCAUGGAUAUAAUGCGGGGAAAUACUUCCUCACAGUAUCAGCUGUUUGCCUCAGAACAGCUUACAGCCUUUACUUAGGAAUGACUUGGAAGGUGCUUGCUUGGGUGUUCUCAAUAUGUGCAGCAAUUUUUUCUACGUAUUGGGACAUUGUCGUAGACUGGGGCCUCCUGCGAAAGAAUUCCAAGAAUCGCUGGUUAAGAGACAAACUCAUAAUGCCUCAUAAAAGCGUAUAUUUCGCAGCCAUGGUGCUGAAUAUCUUGUUGAGAUUUGCAUGGUUGCAGACAGUACUGGAUUUCAAGGUUAACUUCCUGCAUAAACAAGCAAUGAUUAGUAUUAUUGCGAGUCUAGAGAUCGUACGUCGGGGCAUAUGGAACUUCUUCAGAGUGGAGAAUGAGCAUUUGAACAAUGUGGGCAAGUUUAGAGCUUUCAAGUCGGUGCCCCUACCUUUCAACUACGACGAAGCUGAAGACGAGGAUGAUUAA